AUGGCGGCCGGGCGAGAGCUGGUGGUGAGUUUCGGCGAGAUGCUGAUAGACUUCGUGCCGACGGUGGCGGGGGUCUCGCUGGCGGAGGCGCCGGCUUUCCUCAAGGCGCCCGGGGGCGCGCCCGCCAACGUCGCCAUCGCCGUCUCGCGCCUCGGCGGCGGGGCCGCCUUCGUCGGCAAGCUCGGCGACGACGAGUUCGGCCGCAUGCUCGCCGCCAUCCUCCGCGACAACGGCGUCGGCGGCGGCGGCGUCGUCUUCGACGCCGGCGCGCGCACCGCGCUCGCCUUCGUCACCCUGCGCGCCGACGGCGAGCGCGAGUUCAUGUUCUACCGCAACCCCAGCGCCGACAUGCUCCUCACCGCCGACGAGCUCAACGUUGACCUCAUCAAGAGGGCUGCGGUCUUUCACUACGGAUCAAUAAGCUUGAUUGCUGAGCCUUGCCGGACGGCACAUCUCCGUGCCAUGGAGAUUGCCAAAGAGGCCGGUGCACUGCUCUCUUAUGACCCAAACCUGAGGGAGGCACUAUGGCCAUCCCAUGAGGAGGCCCGCACCCAGAUCUUGAGCAUCUGGGACCAGGCAGACAUUGUCAAGGUCAGCGAAGUCGAGCUUGAGUUCUUGACAGGCAUCGACUCAGUGGAGGACGAUGUUGUCAUGAAGCUGUGGCGACCUACCAUGAAGCUGCUCCUAGUGACUCUUGGAGAUCAAGGAUGCAAGUACUAUGCCAGGGAUUUCCAUGGAGCUGUCCCUUCCUUCAAAGUACAACAAGUUGAUACAACUGGCGCAGGUGAUGCAUUUGUUGGUGCUCUGCUCCGAAGGAUCGUUAAAGAUCCAUCCUCACUACAAGAUGAGAAGAAACUUGUGGAGUCUAUUAAAUUCGCUAACGCGUGUGGAGCAAUCACCACCACAAAGAAGGGGGCGAUCCCGUCACUGCCCACCGAAGCUGAGAAGAAGCGGGUGCUCCAUCUUACCUGCCCUUUUUGUUUGCCCUAG